UACCGAGACCCUUGGCCAACUGAUGACCGACUUUGGUUGUGAAGUCUUUCGACAUGUUCGUUGUGGUCGACUCGGGUGGCGAUACCGGCGAGUUCUAUGAAGUAGGGCUAAAAGUGCCCGGAACCACUAGACCACUAGGGUUAUGUUGGGUGCAGCAGAUAGGAACGCUUCACAGAAGUUAAAGAAGAAAAAGAAGGGAAAGGCUCCAAUGUAUAUGAACCAGAUCAACCUCCAAGAUUAUCAAUCAAAGACCACAGCAGACUUGAGAGUGAGAUAAUAUAGUCGUAGUAGUCCGUGGUGGAGGCGGGAACAAAGUGGGCUUAAAAUGGGGAUCGGAGAGCCAAGAAACGAUGUCGUGAUCGGGAGCUCCAAACGCGAAAUAUCAAAACUGCCCACCCGAACUGUCCAAGCUCGGGAUCUAAACCGGACAAUGGAUGGACAAGACAAAGCUAAAGAUCAAGCUAAAUCAAGGGCCAAAGAUGACAACCAGCACCUAGAUCCUACUAAUAGGCCUGGACUGGCUUCCAAGACUUCGCACUUCACCGAUAUAUUGAAUGGUUGUGUGGCUUGGGUGGCGCACCGCGGGGACUGGGACUAUGCAACAACUAUUUUGGAAGAGAACCAAGGGGCCGCGCGGAAUGUCCACGGACAAGAGGGGAGGAAGCACGGAUGGAUAUCUAUAAAUCCGGGAAACAAAAAGGGAGACUUGUGGCAGUUUUAUCUGGAUGGCGUCGUCAGAGAGAAGUGGGUGACACACGACUCUUCGUCGCCCGUGGAAUUUGAUGCAAGUCGAUCAUCACCACUACUAGCACAGGCCCCAAGAGGCAACCGGGCAUGGGGACGGGGAGGCACUAGGAUACACGGCGGCAGUAGACCAAGGACAAAUUAACAUCGUCCGACGUGGAAACCAUCCAAACAGCAAGUCGAAUACAGGGAACACGCAGGCGAUGAAGGCAGCUGAUCCACCCAGGGAUCGCCCAAGGGC